AUGGUAUCAGAUGGUAAUACCAGGGAUUAUCUUGUGCACAUUAUCGACACCCGGGACCUUCCCAUCAAACCAGAACAAGUGUGUUCACUUUUUGGGAAUAUUGAACACAUUUAUGAGUUCAACAGUGAGUUAUUACAGUCUUUAGACAUGUGUGCCAGUGAUCCUGUGGCCAUUGCACGCUGCUUUGUGGACAAGACUAAGCUCAAGCGCUCUCUUCCAUUGGGCUCUUACCUGCUCAAACCAGUUCAGAGGAUCCUCAAAUAUCACCUGCUGCUUCAGGAAAUUGCCAAACACUUUGACCCUGAGGAGGACGGGUACGAUGUGGUGAUCGAGGCCAUAGACAGCAUGACCGGAGUCGCCUGGUACAUCAACGACAUGAAGAGAAAACACGAGCACGCCGUGAGACUUCAGGAGAUCCAGUCUCUGCUCAUAAACUGGAAGGGUCCGGAUCUGACCACAUACGGCGAGCUGGUUCUGGAAGGAACGUUUCACGUCCACCGCGCCAAAAACGAGAGAACCCUCUUCCUGUUCGAUAAGAUGCUGCUCAUCACCAAGAAACGAGGGGAACAUUACGUCUACAAGACUCACAUCUCGUGUUCCACACUGAUGCUGAUAGAAAGUGCCAAAGAUUCGCUGCGCUUCAGCGUGACGCAUUACAAGCACCCCAAGCAGCCGCACACGGUUCAGGCCAGAACGGUGGAAGAGAAGAAACUGUGGGCUCAUCACAUAAAGAGACUCAUUCUGGAGAACCAUCACGCCGUUAUCCCGCAGAAAGCCAAAGAUGCCAUUCUGGACAUGGACUCGACAUGUCCAGUAAAGUACCGUUACAGUCCAGACAGGCUGAAGAAAGCAUCGUCCCGUCAGACGGAAGAGUUCUCUGCUGUGUUAAAGGAACGGAGACGCUCGGAACCGGCGAAACGAACUGUUAGAAGCACUAAAGGCACACUUAAGGAGAGAGAAGGUUGUUGGGAAAAUUGGCCAAUGAACAAAAGCAGCCAAACACCCACUAAAGAAAAGCAUAAUGAUACGAGUGAAAAUUUGUCUCUCUUUGGACAGAGCUCAACUGGAGAACGCAGUUCACAGAAGAUCUUCUCUCCCUUUAGCGAGUCAGAGGAGACAGGGGUGGACCAAUCAGAUAAUUAUCCCGAAAUGUGUGGGACAAUAAUGGCAGGAUGGCACACUGAUCCAGAGAUAGUACACCUCAAUAAUAGAGGACAAGAAAUCAGAGAUAAUAUGGAGGACUGUGUUGUAUUCCCAUCCCCUACUGGACUUGAAGUACAGGAAAAGGAAGGGACUCCAGCCAGCAGGAACCUCUCAGACGAUGUGCAGAACUUGGAGGUAGAUGUGGACGUUGAAGCACCUGGUGGCCUCUUGUCUUCAUCCGUACUGGACAAGGCAAGCAAUAUCUCAGAGCGAUGUGCCAGCAGCCUCUCUCGAAGAAGUAGUCUAGGAGUCGAAGGGUCGUUUGACUUGGGCUGCCCAUCUUCUCGGUCGGAAAGUAGAAGAAGCAGUUUGCUCAGCAGUGGUGCUGAGUUCCAUGAGAAAGACAAAGGCCAAGAGUUUAGACGGUCCACUCCAGAAUCAAUUACGGAGACUGUUCCUGACAGCCCGUUCAUACCAGACCAAAGAUCUGAAAAGAAACAAGACACCCUUUCCAAAAAGGACCAAUUGCUCAUACAUAAGAUUCAGUGGUACUACAAACAUGCUGAGCACCAGGAUGCCAGCUUUGCUGUCAAACGCAGAGAGAGCCUUUCAUACAUCCCUGCAGGCCUAGUCCGUAAUCUGAGCCAACAACUCGAUGACCUUGCAGACCAGGAUUUGGCAUUGCAUAAGAGGGCGUUUUCCAUCACAAGGCCAACUUUAUGGUCUGUCUUUAAUAUAUCAGGCUUGGGGGUUGACAAGAAAGCAAAGGAUAGCUCUGAUUUUGUGGUCCCUGCAAAUGGCAAAGAGUCCAAGCUUAGAGAUCAAAGUGGGAAUGAGGAAUUCCAGCCUGCAUCUGACAUGGUUAAAGUGUGGCAAGUCAUGGAAAUGGAGAUAACUGGGACUUCUGAACAACAUCAGGACUCAGAGAAUUCCCAAAUGACUACACCUGGUGAAGAAAAGAAAGCAGAAGCCAGUAAGGUGAGCUCGGAUAGUGGACUUGGGGAACCUCUAGUAAUAUUGGAAGAAUCUGAUGAACGCUCUACCUCAUCCCCAAUCAACAACGUCUUAGAAAAGGACAAGAUGCAAGAUUUCCAGAGGCAUCCAAAUGAGGAACACAAGUUACAAGAGCGGCACAAGGUCAACCACCCUCCUCUACCAGAGAUCAUCUCCUUAAGGUCCUCCAAUGAGGAUGAACUCAUCCUUCAAGAUAUGGAGAAGAUGAAAAAUAAGGUGUUCCAUUUGGCCAGGCAGUACAGUCAGCGUAUCAAAAACAACAGACCGGUAGUAAGACAGAGGCCCAAGAUCUCGGAGAACCAUUUUGUGCCCAAGAACCUGUCUUCGGUGAUUGAGGAGAGACCUCCAGGAAAAGAGAAAGGCAUGCCUGACAGGCCACUGUUGCUGAACUUGAAUGAGCAGGACGUUAUCCCGGACUCUACUACUACUAGUCCACCUUCCAGCCUCUGUUCUCCUGGAAGUCCUCAAUUCCUCAAUUGCAGAUUAUACGCCGAGAGACCACAAAGUCCCGUACAAACUGAGACCUUCCACUGGCCGGAUGUCAAAGAGUUGCGUUCCAAAUAUAACAACCAAAGGCAAGAUGAUGCAUCCGCCUCCUCUCAUCCAUUCCCAUUGAGUCGCAGUACUUCUUUUUCAGAAAGAGCUCUGGAGAACGGAUCGGAGAGAUCCAGAGCAUCACGUUCUUUGUCUUGUUCAUAUCCUUUCUGCAAUAUCUCAGUGCAGAGAACUACAUCCACAGAUUCUACGUGUUCCAGCAAGACCCUUGAAGGUGAAGGUUUGCCUUCACUGUGUAGAGUUAAUGCUUUUGAUUUCAGCUUGGGAUCCACUAAUGCACAUGAGCAACUGGACAGAGGUUGCAACGCUGGUCAAUAUGAGAACAACCUCAUUGUAGUUGAGAGGAUCUGCCAGGUCAAGCAUGAAGAGGGUGAUUUAGCAACAGGGAGAGAGAACAAUAAUGAGAAUCAACUUGGAUGUGAGGGUGUUUCACAAUCUGAACUUGCAAUGGCAAACAGUAAAGAGCAGAACUUUAGUGCAUGGAUGGAAAAGGCAGAGAACGGUCAACAUAGUUUGGUUAAAAACCUGCGGGAGAGAUUUCAGAACCUGAGUUCUUAUACAUGAGACUUAUACUGCAAAACUUUUACUCAGAACUCUCAGAUCCUUAAAAUAACUUACAGCUAGUAUUCUGAUCUCCAAAAUAUGUAAUUUGGCCACUGUUUGAGAGGUGUAAUACAUCUUGCACAGGUUAAGCAUGAAUCUUAACCUCCAGUUAUGAAUUAUCAGCAAAUCAACUGGAAAAGUGAUCCAUGUGGACCUCAGAGAAUAUAUUUAUGAAAUUUGCAUUUGUAAAUAUAUGUAUAUUACAAUUUCCUUGCAUUAUUUUGUGCAUAUUUCAUUGAGAUGUAAACACUUGUUAAAGGAGCUGGCUGUGGUACUGUAAUUUUUGUAAUGUUUGGAAAAGUGGUUAAAUACUUUUUUUUUUUUUUCUUCCAGACAUUUUGAAAUAAAAAGCAAUAAGGAAGAACAUACAAAUAGAUCAGUGCAUACUAAAUUACCAAUGCACCUGUUUUUGUUAGAAACUUACUUACUACACACAAAUUUGUCAUGUUUUCAGAAAAGCACUGCAAUAUUAAAUGCAAUCUGUUAGUUAUUUUGAAAGGCACUGCCUGAUGUCUCUUCACUGUUUGUGUUCGAGCGCUGACCAGAGGAAAGAGAGUAAUCUCAUAAAGACGUCAUUCCCCACUAAUGAGGAGAAAACUGGAUAUCAUAAUCAGAUUAAACCAGAUGAAUGAUAAACGGUGACUGAUGUCAUUUUCAAUCUGAAAUGUUUUCAGCCGGGUGUGUACGGUUAAAAAUGGUCAAAUAGUGCUCAGUUUGGUGUAAAAUUAAAAUGCUGCUCUUUUUGAAAACGUAUUGUGCCGUGUCUGCCGAUUUCUAGUUGUUUAAAGGUCAGAUGUGAUUCCACUCAUCUGAGAAUUUGCUUGCAAAAUUCUCAGCAUUCAGCAUUAUGGGGUCAUUGUUAAUAUAUAAUGCAACAUAUUAAUGCACAGUCACAAAAUGUGUGUUUGGGUGUCGUUUAAUGGGAGGUUUUAUAAGCUAGCUUGUUUUUGGUUGUAUUUUUCUGCUCAUUGGUGGGGUUUAUCUCCGUGCAUGAUGUCACUGUCACUUUUGUAUUUAUUUGAAUUGGUGUAAAUAUGAUGCACAAUACCUCUGUAAAAAUGUUCAGUUCAUAUUCUAUUUUUCUGUCAAACUACAUUAAAAGAAGCUUUCCACACUAU